CAAUGGCACAUCCGAAAAUCAAUACUCGAUCCAAGCCUACUUUCAUCGGAAACCCUACCCUCCAACGUAUCCUAUAUAUACAGACAACCCUGUUUCUCCUCGCUCUUCUCUCCUGAAAUCAAAACCCUCAGCACUCUAUUUUCUCUUCAAAACCCCUAAUUCGACUGCUGUCUCUUCGUUAAUCGUUUCUUAGAUCCCUCGAUCAAUCAAUAAUUUGCACAAUUAAACUAAGCAAGUAAAGAUGUCGUUGAGGCCAAGCGCUAGGACUGAGGUACGCAGGAACAGGUAUAAGGUGGCGGUGGAUGCCGAAGAAGGGCGCCGGAGGCGUGAGGACAAUAUGGUGGAGAUCCGAAAGAAUCGUCGGGAGGAGAGCCUGCAGAAGAAGCGGCGUGAGGGACUGCAGCCGAUGCCGGCUUCGAUUCACUCAUCGGCUGUUGAGAAGAAGUUGGAGCAUCUACCGUCAAUGGUUGCUGGUGUUUGGUCUGAUGAUAGUAGUUUGCAGCUCGAGGCAACCACUCAAUUCAGGAAAUUGCUCUCAAUUGAGCGCAGCCCUCCAAUUGAAGAAGUCAUUCAGGCUGGUGUUGUGCCUCGCUUUGUUGAGUUUCUUAUGAGGGAGGACUUUCCUCAGCUUCAGUUUGAAGCAGCUUGGGCUCUCACAAACAUUGCUUCUGGGACAUCUGAGAAUACAAGGGUGGUAAUUGACCAUGGAGCUGUCCCCAUAUUUGUAAAGCUUCUCGGCUCUCCAAGCGAUGAUGUUCGUGAGCAGGCUGUGUGGGCAUUGGGAAAUGUUGCUGGUGAUUCUCCUAAAUGCCGUGAUUUAGUCCUUGGCAAUGGAGCUUUGCUUCCAUUACUGGCACAAUUGAAUGAGCAUGCUAAACUUUCUAUGCUAAGAAAUGCGACGUGGACACUCUCAAACUUUUGCCGGGGCAAGCCACAGCCUCCUUUUGACCAGGUUAAGCCUGCACUUCCAGCUCUUGCACGUUUAAUACAUUCUAAUGAUGAGGAAGUCUUGACUGAUGCAUGUUGGGCACUCUCAUAUCUUUCUGAUGGUACCAAUGACAAAAUUCAAGCUGUUAUUGAAGCUGGAGUAUGCCCUCGGCUAGUCGAGCUGUUACUACACCCAUCUCCUUCAGUUCUCAUUCCUGCGCUUCGCACUGUUGGAAAUAUUGUGACUGGUGAUGAUAUGCAGACCCAGUGUAUAAUCAACCAUCAAGCACUGCCUUGCCUUCUUAAUUUGUUGACGAACAACUAUAAAAAGAGUAUCAAGAAGGAAGCUUGUUGGACUAUAUCUAAUAUAACUGCUGGCAACAAGGAGCAGAUUCAGGCUGUUAUCGAGGCUGGUAUUAUUGGUCCAUUAGUCCAUCUACUUCAAAAUGCUGAGUUUGAUAUUAAGAAAGAGGCUGCUUGGGCAAUCUCCAAUGCUACAUCUGGUGGUACUCAUGAACAAAUCAAGUACCUGGUUAGUCAAGGAUGUAUCAAGCCCUUAUGUGACCUUCUCAUCUGCCCUGAUCCAAGGAUUGUGACAGUUUGUUUAGAAGGUCUUGAAAAUAUCUUGAAGGUAGGAGAAGCUGACAAGAAUUUAGGCAAUAGUGGAGGUGUAAACCUAUAUGCACAAAUGAUUGACGAUUCUGAUGGUUUGGAGAAAAUUGAGAAUUUACAGUCUCACGAUAAUACUGAGAUUUAUGAGAAGGCUGUGAAAAUUCUGGAGACGUAUUGGUUGGAGGAGGAGGAUGAGACAAUGCCACCAGGAGAUGCUUCCCAAUCUGGAUUUCAAUUUGGUGGUAGUGAGAUGCCUGCUGUUCCUUCUGGUGGAUUUAAUUUCAGCUAAAUGCAGUUAGCAUUGUUUCCGUGUCAAAGUCUUUGUGGAAUGUGGUGGGGCAGUAGUCAACUUCAGGUCAGAUUGGUGUUAUGUUUGGGUCUAGUGGUCCAGUCUAAGGUGUGAUUGGAAGUUGCUGGACUGGUUCAGGUUUUCACUAUGGGAAAAUUAAAUUAUAUCUCCGAGAGAGAAGGAUAUUGUUCAAGUUGUUCACUUGAUGAACAUCGGAUGCGCAUAUUUCUGGGGAUAAGGGUUGGUCUUGGAGGUCGGGCUUUUAUAGAACAAACAGAGUCUUUUUGAAUGUAUCUGUUGUCCUAGUUUUUUUUAGCGUCUCUGCAUUUCCUUGCCACAGUUUGUCGAUUUUGGCACUCCCAAAAUCAUUCUAGCGAAGUGCUUGUACUUACUAGGAAUAUUGAAAUUAUAUAUAUAUUUUCAUGUAAGUGUCGGUUGCAGUGAUUUUUCUUUUCUACAAUUGACAUGGUAAUUGAAUCUCGAUUUCUUGAUCUAUUUUUAAUGG